AUGGCGUCUGCUGAUCUGAGACAGGAGCUGGACUGUUCCAUCUGCCUGAGCAUUUAUACAGAUCCCGUAUCACUGAGAUGUGGCCACAGCUUCUGCCGGGUCUGUAUUGAUCAUGUGCUGGAUACACAGGAGGGGGCUGGAGUAUAUAGCUGUCCUGACUGCAGAGCAGAGAGUCAGGAGCGUCCUGCACUGAUACGGAACAUUCCUCUGUGUAACAUACUGGGGAGGUUCCUGUCUACUCGCCCAGAUCAGGAGGAGACUGGGAUCCUCUGCACUUACUGUAUUCACUCUCCUGUACCUGCUGCUAAAUCCUGUCUGCAUUGUGAGGCUUCUCUGUGUGAUAAUCACCUGAGAGUACACAGCAAGUCACCAGAGCACGUCUUAUGUGACCCCACCACUGCCCUGGGGAACAGGAAAUGCUCCGUCCAUAAGAAGAUCCUGGAGUAUUACUGCACUGAGGACUCUGUCUGUAUCUGUGUGUCCUGCAGGCUGGAUGGAGAACAUCGGGGACACCUGGUGGAGAUGUUGGUUGAGGCCUCUGAGAAGAAGAAGGAGAAGCUGAGAAAUGUUCUGCAGAAACUGACCGCAAAGAGAGCGGAGACUGAGAAAAGAGUGCAGAGUCUGCAGGAGUGCAGGAGAGAAGAUCAGAGAAAAGCAGCUGGUGUAACAGAGACAGUCACUGCCCUGUUUAGAGACAUCAGGAGACAGCUGGAAGACCUGGAGAAGAGAGUCCUGAGUGAGAUCUCCAGGCAGGAACAGCGCGUUUCACUCUCAGUCUCUGAUCUGAUCCAGCAGCUGGAAAUAAAGAAGGAUGAGCUGUCCGGGAAGAUGCGUCACAUUGAGGAGCUGUGUAACAUGUCUGAUCCAGUGACUGUCUUACAGGAACCAGACACAGGGGACUUGUGUGAUACUGAGGACACAGAGAGACAUGAUAACCAGGUCCGUGGUGCAGGAGAUCUGGAUGUGGGUCUCAUCUCAGGGACAUUACACACAUUAUCUGAUAUAACAGGUAUAAAUACAGGGAUCUAUGUGCAGGAGGCUACAGACAUAUUACUGGAUGUAACCACAGCUGGUGAUUAUAUACAGAUAUCAGGUGACAGGAAAACUGCAUCCAGGUCACAGAUAAACCAGAAUCACCCAGUAACACCAGAGAGAUUUCAGAGUUAUCCUCAGGUAAUAAGCAGCAGGAGAUUCUCCUCAGGGCGACAUUACUGGGAGGUGGAUGUCAGUAAGUCAGUGGUGUGGAUGGUGGGGAUGUGUUAUCCCAGUAUAGACAGGAUAGGAGAUCAGUCACUCAUUGGAUGUAAUAACAAGUCCUGGUGUGUGUAUAGGUGUAAUAAUCAGUACUCAGUGAUACAUGACAGUACAGAGAUCCAGUUACCUGACAAUACCCCCUGUGACAGAGUGAGGGUGUAUCUGGAUUAUGGGGCAGGACAGCUGUCCUUUUAUUCUCUGUGUGACCCCGUCAGACACUUACACACCUACACUGCCGCCCUCACUGAGCCCCUCCAUGCUUCACUAGGUAUAUGGAAUGGGUGUAUAACUAUAUGUGGCGGAGUCAGGAGCUGA